CCAGAGGAAGAACAGUCAAUGCUCUCUUCCAACGCGAAUAGAGACCGCUCGGCUUAAGGAAUCCGAACGAAUUGACGAAAGGGGAGAAGAGCCCCCUCGUGCGCCGCCGUGUCGCCAUGUCCAUGUGUGACCUUGCGAGGAGCCUCGGCUUCCUUCUCCCCCUGCUCCUGGCUUGUGUGCUGUGCGGAUUCACCCCCCUGGCGCAGGCCAGCAAGAGUUUUGAAGAUGUGCGCUGCAAGUGUAUCUGCCCUCCUUACAGGGACAUAAGCGGGCACAUCUACAACAAGAAUGUGUCUCAGAAAGACUGUAACUGCCUGCACGUGGUGGAGCCCAUGCCAGUGCCGGGCCACGAUGUGGAGGCCUACUGCCUGCUGUGCGAGUGCAAGUAUGAAGAACGGAGCAGCACCACCAUCAAGGUGACCAUCAUUAUCUAUCUGUCUGUGGUGGGAUCCCUGCUCCUCUACAUGAUGUUCCUGCUGCUGGUUGACCCGCUGAUCCGCAAACACGAAUCCUACACCCAGCCGCUGCGCAACGAGGAGGACAGCGAGCGAGGGGUAAACCGUGCCUCUGUGUCUGUCUCUCCCUGGCAGGACGCGCGCUCCUCCGCCAGCGCCAGGCUGGGCCGAGCGAACUCGGUGCUGGAGAGGGUGGAGGGGGCGCAGCAGCGCUGGAAGAGGCAGGUCCAGGAGCAGAGGAAGACGGUCUUCGACCGGCACAAGAUGCUCAGCUGAAGGCCUGGGACCGCCCUGGCUUGCGUCCUGGCCUGCUCCGUGUUGUGCACACCCAACCCUGCUUUCCACAAGUCCUCAAGAACGAGCUGCAUGCGUACGCUGCUGUUGCGUCUUGGGCCGUCCUUUGCAUCGUCAUGCUGUUCACACUCUUGUACGAUCCCUCCGCCGAAUUUGAUCUUUGUCAGUAUAUGGCCUAAUGCGGUCCCUUUCCUUUUCAGAUCAAGGGGAUCAGAUUUUCCCAGGCUUUAUUUCUUCUGUAUUUCAUCUUUUAAAAAGGAAGACCAGAUCAGUGUCAUUUGCAGGGCCAGACUUACUGUUAAACUUGAACACGGUCCACUGACCGGAGAAACUAGGUGCUCCUUUCAUAGGCUCCCUUCCCCCUUUCUCGUAGUCUGGAAAGAGAAGAGAGUAUUCUGUGCAGCCUCCGAAAAACAGGGCCAGGUCUUUUGAUCAGCUCCCAUGCUGUUCUAGUCCCUCACGAUCAACAAGCACUGAGGUUUACCUGAUUUAUUUAUUUAGGAUUUUUUCUUGCAUUUGAAAUCAUGGACAGAAACCAAUGCCUUUAAAAAGAACACAGUACUGAGGACAGCAACAAAGGUAAUUUGAGACAUCAGUGCUACAGUAUGUAAUGUUUAGACUGGAACAAAGAGAAAAUGGUGGCGCAGUAAUUUCAAAGCACUUCAGAGCAGGCGUGCAAAAGCCUGGGUUAGGGUCUUUAGCUUUCCAAGUUAAGCUGUGAUUUACUGUUGGUGUGGGACAAAUGUGAACUCCAUUUCUGCACAGUGCUGAUCCCCAAGAACUUUUUUUUUGAGAAUUUCGUCAUCAUUCAGUCCUGCCACUCUCUUCACUCUAAAUUACAGUAAGAGUUUAUUAAAAAUGCUUGAGCAGGAACAAUAGCUAGCUUAAAAGAGGAGCAUCCUAGCAAGAUCCUAUGGCUGUUAAGUAUGUACGACACUCACCGAGAUGUGGAUUAAAUUGUAUUUUCAUCACGUGCUACAAAAUCAGACGGAUAUCUGUGUUGUUUGAAGUUAGUAUGGUCUGAAGCCAUACUAACAUUCUGCCAUGCACGUACAACACCAUGCAUGCACACGCACACAGGGCCUGGUAAGGUUACUAUGUUGCUGGCUCUAUGCAGCUCUGCUCUCUUGUAUUUUGAGAUUCCAGCCCUACAUCGGUAUCUUACACACUGGGAGCUGUUUUUACUUGUGGGUUUGGUCUCAACCCCAGAGACGUUUGAGAUUGAACAUUCUUUGUUUGAGGAAUACCUCCGGUGCAUUUUCUGAUAUUUAUAUUAGUUAUUUUGAUUCAAAAUAAUUUUCCCUCUUAUUUAGCAACUUAGUUGAAUACAUUUCUCUUCUGCAAAAUUACAUUUUUUUCUUACUAUAUUAUACUGUCUAAUGGAUAUUUCCUAUUCAAAAAUGAAUUUCCUCAUUCCACUUUAAGAAGCCUGUGUUUUAUGAUAUUUAUAUAUAAUGUAUUAUUUAAUUGCUAGUGAUUGCUUUAUUAAUUAUUUAUAAUUAAUUAUAUGAAUGCUUGAUUAUUUAGUUAUGAUUGCUGGUACUUUUAUUAUAUUUCUAAAUGGUACUGUAGUUGGGGUAAAGAUACCUCAAAGACACUGCACAAUUAGUAGUGUAUUACUUCUUUUUACUAGUUUCAAUUUUCCAUUGGUUUCGCAGUUAAAACUAAACUUGAACACAGUAGACUAAUAGGUGAUCUGAUAUAAGUAUUCAAAAUCUUUAAAUGCACUGACGAUGUCAACCCAGAGGACUUCUUCAGAAUGAACAGUGAAACACAGACCAGAAGACACACUUUAAGUAGAAACCUGCACAGAAGUGCAUUUUAAACCAAGAACAGGAGGCACUUUUUACCCAAAGGGCUGUGGAAGUAUGGACCUUGCUACUCAGCCAUAUUGGUGAAGCUGAUGCUCUGAUUUCUUUCAAGAAACUGGUGGAUAAGAUCCUCUGAUUAAUUGGCUCCUAACUGCAGUACCAAACGGGUUCGAUGAGUUGAGUGGCCUCCUCUCACUUGUACCUGUUCUUAUGUUCUUACUGUGGGCACAGUUCAUUCCCAGUUUCUGCUAAUUCUGUUAAUUAAAGGAUGUCUUUGUUUCUGCCAUGCAAACAAAUCAGUAAAACAGCAAUUGAAAGACUUA